UUCAAGAUUAUUACAGGGAUUACAAGAUUUUUACUGAUCAGGGUAGACUAACUUAGAUGAUGCUGCGAGCAAGUGGUUGAAGCAAGUUAAAGUUCAGCUGUGAAGAGUCAUACCAAUAUAUUGACUGAACUGAGCACUAACAAGUAACAAUGAGCAGCAAGAUGAGCGGCGGACCGCUGCCUCCCGUCAGUCCGAAGGUGUUUGAAGCCAUGGAGAGUGUGAACGUGACGGCGCUGGCCGAGUGCUCCGAGGCAGAGAUCCGGCCGCUGCUGCCCUGUCUGGUGCGCAUGAGUCUGAUCGAGCUCGACCAGUCGCACGACUUCACCGAGAAGCGGAAGGUGGUGCUGCGCAUCCUGGCCGGCAUUGACGUGGUGAACUCGCUGGUGCCGCUGCUGACGGUCGACUUCCCGCCGCUGGAGCUGGACGUGCGCAAGGAGCUGCAACUGCGCGCCAAGGCCGGCGCCGGCGCCGACAGCGUCCUCCUGCCGGCCGCCCAGGACGCCGGCGCGCCCGACUUUGAGCGCAGCGAGCCCAUCCAGAAGCUGAAGCUGGUGCUGGCCACCGUGAUCGCCGUGAUGGCGCAGGCGCGCGAUGGCGUCCAGCCGUGGUCAGUGCAGCCGUCCGAGCUGCUCGACAACGCCAUCCACCUGGAGGAGGUGGCCGACAUCCUGUCGAUCGCGCUGGCCGAGCUGCCGCACCUGCUGCCGCCUGCCGACGUGGCCGAGGGUCUGCUGCGACUGCGCCACGGCCCGGCGCUGGUCGGCCGGCUGGUGGCCAACAUGCCGGACGCGUUCCACGAGGUGUGCGCCGCGCUGGUGGCCGGCGGCGACAAGCAGGACGAGGACUCUCCGGCGGGCGCGGCGCGCGGCGCGGCUCUCCGCCAGCUCUGUCAGAUGAACCCGCGCCAGGUGCUGGCUGUGCGCGCACUCUGCAUGGACGCCUGCCGGCUGCCGGCACUGGCCGUCGGCCUCUCGCUGGAGCGCGCCAAACGCACCACUGACACCGGAGACGCUGCCGAUCUGGUGGCGUUCAUAUCGGGCAUCCUGCUCGGCAACAACCAGCACGUGCGCGCCUGGUUCCAGGUGUUUGUCCGUAACGGUCAGAAGCGGAAGGGCACACUGGCGGCGGCCACGCUGCAGGCGCUGCGGGAGCGGCUGAUGGAGAGGCUGCAGAACACCCUGCUGAUGUCGAUGAACCAGCGUCUGCCGGACUCGGGCGUGGUGGACGCGGCCGCCUCUGUGCGCCUGUACUGCGCCCUGCGCGGCCUGGCCGGCCUCAAACCGACCGAGGAGGAGGUGCGCCUGCUGGUGCAGCUGCUGACCUCGCAGCCGCCGCCGACGCCGGCCGGCGUGCGCUUCGUGGCGCUGUCGCUGUGCGCGCUGAUCGGCUGUCCGACGCUGCUGAUGCACGCGGAGCACGAGCGGCGCGCAGUGGAGUGGCUCGGCUGGCUGGCGCAGCAGGAGGCCUACUUCGAGAGGUCGAGCGGCGAGUCAGCCUCGUUCGGCGAGACGCUGCUCCUGCUCGCCAUCCAUUUCCACGCCGGUAACCUGACGGCCAUCACCGACCUGGUCAACAACACGCUCGGGAUGAAGAUGAACCACCGGCUGGUGAACCUGUCCCGCAUCAAACACAUCUUCACACACGACGUCUUCACCGACCAGGUGGUGACGGCUCACGCGGUCAAGGUCAAGGUGACGCCCUCACUCAGCGCUGACAUCCCGGGCACCCUGCCCGUACACUGCAUCUACCAGCUGCUAAAGAGCCGCGCCUUCACCAAACACCGUGUGCCCAUCAAUGACUGGAUCUUCAGACAAAUAUGUCAGAGCAAGACCCCGCUUCAUCCCGUCCUGCCGUCGCUGAUCGACCUCUACGUGAAGUCGAUGCUGGAUACCACUCAGCGGCCCCACCUGGCGGAGCACACGAAUCAGCCGAUCGCGGAGGAGCAGAUUGCCGCCGUGUUCUCCGUCUCCUGUUUCCCGCGGCCGGCGGGCGGCGGCAGCGGUGGGAGCGGGGCUGCGGGCGGCGCCGACCCCGUGGAGCCGGCCACCGCCCAGCUGCUGCUGCUCUACUACCUGCUGCGGCACGAGGAGCGGCGGCUGGCCGGCGGCCGGCAGCUGGCGGCGCAGGGCCGCGCGCCCAUCGCCUACCGCCCCACCCUCAUCACGCAGCUGCCGGUGCUGUACCUGCUGCGGCUGGCGCAGCGGCGGCAGGCCGACUACGGCGGUCUGUUCGGCCCGCUGCUAGCGCUGCUCACCACACACUGUCCCGAGCUGUGUCUGGUGUCUCACUGGCUGGCCGCCCUGCCGGAGGAGGACCACAGCGCGCCGCUCCGACCGGUGCCCGACCUCACCCGGCACAUCGAGACAGCUCUGGACGGUCUGCCAGAGACCUCGGCCGCCGCCGGCCGGCUGCUGCCGCGCCUGCUGCGCCUCCCCACCCCGCAGCUGUGGCAGCUGGCGCAGCCGCUGGUGUCGCGCGCCAGUCGGCUGCUGCGGCCGGGCGUGUCCCGCCAGCUGCAGCAGCAGUUCCGGCAGCUGUGGGCCCGCCUCAGCCUGGUGUUCCCGCACCGGCUCUGGGCGCUCACCGUGAACGCUCUGCGCCGGGACGACUCUGCGCCGGUGCCGCCGCGGCCGCUGACGGGCCAGGAGCUGGCGCAGGACCCGCUGCACGUGCUGCGCUGCCAGCCGGCCGUGCUGCGCGCGCCGCCGCUGCUGGAGAUCGUGCUGGAGCUGCUGCUGGUCCACCUGUCGGCGUCGCGCGCUCAGCUCAAGAGGCACCUGCUCGACCACCCGUCACCGCUGCCCGCUCAGCCCGGCCAGCCGUCUGACGCGGAGCGGGAGGAGCUGCGCAGCGCACUGGUGCUGGCGCAGGACUCGGCCGCCCUCCAGCUGCUCAUCGAGGUCUGUCUGGAGACAGAGGAGGACCGGCGCGCGCCGGGAGGAGCCCAGCUGCUCCAGGAGGUCCGCUGCCUGGUCUGCACCUUCCUCCACCAGGCCUUCAUCGAUAACCCCAUGCUGGCCAAGCUGGUCCACUUUCAGGGUUACCCCGCCGAGGCGUUGCCCGUGUUGGUGGCCGGCGUGCCGUCCAUGCACAUCUGCCUCGACUUCAUGCCCGAGCUGCUGUCUCAGCCCGACCUGGAGAAGCAGAUUUUCGCGGCCGAGCUGGCCUCCCACCUGGCGCUGCAGUUCCCCAUUCCGCGCUGCUUUAGCACGGGUCGACUAGUUAUCAACACACUCACCACCCUGCUAGAAGUGCUACCAUGGACGGAGCGGCCGCGCGCCUUCCUGCCCGCCCUGCCCGCUCUGGUGCGUCUGGUGCGCGCGCUUCCGCCACUGGCCGAAGACGUCACGGCUCUCCUGCUGCAGCUGGGACGCGUCAGUGCCAGUCACACGGCGCUGGCCGGACCCAGCCACCACCUGGUCAUACGGCACGACGGCCAGAAGGGCGGACAGCCCGACGGCGGUGACGACUGCCGGCCGGACGACGACGACGAGCCAGCGGCGGCGCUGCGGCACACGCUGCCCGCCAACGAGCGGCUCUGCUUCGAGCUGCGGCGCGCCUUCGAGGAGGUGUGCGAGGCGGUGACGCUGGACGGACGCGUGUACCGGGACAGCAAGGUGACGGCCGAGACACCCUGAUAGGUCUGUUGGAGGGAGAGUGGGUUAGUUCAGGUGUAUCGUGUUUCCUAGGUCGGCCGAUGUCGUGGUCAAGACUCACUAGAGUGGCGGAGCGCUGCCACUUGGCUGUGAAGGUGGUGAUUUUGUGGACGCUGUACUCUGCAGUGCUGACCUGAUUUGAACCGUAGCCACCGACCUCUGUCAGUGAUGCCCUACCUGAGUUGUUGCGCCGUUGAUAAGGCGUUUACCAUUCCGUUGACUUAAGUCGUUAAUCGAGCUCGCUGAUUUUCUGCAGGUUGAUAGAACUUGCUGUACAAAUUUCCAUUUGCAAGUUGCAGCCGUAUUAUACGAGGCUUGUUACUGUUCCCGCUACUGAUUCGUGAUCAGCGCCAAGUGAGGAGCUCUUGCCAUAGUCAUUGCUUUGUCGCUGUGCAAGUGUAACUGAAUGUCUUCAAUGGAGGACUCGCAUCGUGUGACAUUGGGAACCCUGCUGCCCAUUAUUUGUUUGGUGGACGGGGCAGUCCUUAGACGCUGCUACGAACUGGUGAGUCAAAUCUGUUUGUUGCCAAUUGUGACAAUGAGUAGAGGUUGAUAAUAUUUUCUGGAAUUAAUGUUCGUUCCAAACAUUUCUUUUCGCUUUUUUCCUCUCGUCUUCCUUUGCAUUGUGAGUAUACCGGAAAACACUAAAUUGUUAUUUGCGGGAAACCCGUGUAGCGAUUUAUGGGAAGUGUCUUGUAAAUGUUUUCUUGUAAACUGAACACUAGUGUACACGUCAGCAGCAUUGUGUUUUGCAUUGUGUGGUGUGGUUAAUUGUGGCUAUAACAGGCACUACGGAGAACAAUACAGGCGAUGUUACUGUGAACA